CGCCUGCCGCGUCGGCAGCCCAGGAAAACGCCAGACGCCGGCGGUUGAAGGGCAGGGGCGGCCACGGCCUCGGCUGUGGGGCUGGGCCUAUGGCGGCGACGGCGACGGCGACGGCGGUGGCGGCGGGGGCCGGGGCCGCGGCGGGGGCCGAGUCGGCCGAGGGGCCCCCGGUGCCGGCGGCGGCGCUGGAGCUGUGGCUCAAUAAAGCCACAGACCCAAGCAUGUCAGAACAGGAUUGGUCAGCUAUUCAGAAUUUCUGUGACCAAGUGAACACUGAUCCCAAUGGCUCAACCCAUGCACCUUGGCUACUGGCCCACAAGAUCCAGUCUCCACAAGAGAAAGAAGCUCUUUAUGCCUUAACGGUGCUGGAGGUGUGUGUGAACCACUGUGGGGAGAAGUUCCACAAUGAGGUGGCCAAGUUCCGCUUCCUGAACGAGCUCAUCAAAGUGUUGUCCCCAAAGUACCUAGGCUCCUGGACCACAGAAAAAGUUAAAGGAAGAGUCAUUGAAAUACUCUUCAGUUGGACAGUCUGGUUUCCAGAAGACAUCAAGAUCCGAGAUGCUUACCAGAUGCUGAAGAAACAAGGAAUCAUAAAGCAAGACCCUAAACUACCAGUGGAUAAAAUCUUGCCCCCACCUUCUCCCUGGCCCAAGAGCUCCAUCUUUGAUGCCGAUGAAGAAAAGUCAAAGCUUCUGACAAGGCUUCUGAAGAGCAACCAUCCUGAGGAUCUUCAGGCUGCAAACCGGCUGAUCAAGAAUUUGGUCAAGGAGGAACAAGAAAAAUCAGAAAAGGUGUCCAAGAGAGUCAGUGCUGUGGAGGAGGUACGGAGCCACGUGAAGGUGCUGCAGGAAAUGCUGAGCAUGUACCGCAGGCCCGGGCAGGCCCCGCCAGACCAGGCAGCCUUGCAGGUCGUGUAUGAGAGGUGUGAAAAGCUGCGGCCCACCCUGUUCCGGCUGGCAAGCGAUACCACUGAUGAUGACGAUGCGCUCGCGGAGGUUCUCCAGGCAAAUGACCUCCUCACCCAGGGAGUUCUGCUGUACAAACAGGUGAUGGAGGGCCGUGUCACCUUUGGGAACACAGUGGCCAGCUCUUUGGGAGACAUACCUGUUUCCAGAGUCUUUCAGAAUCCAACAGGCUGCAUGAAGAACUGCCCCCUGAUUGACCUGGAGGUGGACAGUGGAUCCGAGCAGGCUGGGACUGUGGCGCCAUCUUUACUGCAUCAGGACCUGGCAGCCUUAGGGAUCAGUGAUGGCCCAGUUACCAAAAAGGUUGCGAGUCAGAAUUGCGGUCAGGAAAAGAGGAACCCUGCCACCAGCACACUGCCGGGUGGUGGUGUUCAGAGCCCUUCUGCAGAAAAGAACUUGCUGGAUCUCCUCUCCCCACAGCCGUCUCCAGGACCUCUGAAUUAUAUUCCGCAGAAAAGUAUCCCCAAGGAAGUGCCACCAGGUACUAAGUCCUCUCCAGGUUGGUCCUGGGAGGCUGGCCCAUUGGCUUCUUCUCCAUCUUCCCAGAAUACACCUCUGGCUCAAGUAUUUGUCCCUUUGGAGUCUGUUAAGCCCAGCAACCUGCCUCCUCUUAUCGUGUAUGACCGGAAUGGAUUCAGAAUUCUGCUCCACUUUUCCCAGACUGGGGCCCCUGGCCACCCAGAAGUACAGGUGCUACUGUUGACCAUGAUGAGCACGGCCACCCAGCCUGUCUGGGACAUCAUGUUUCAAGUAGCUGUGCCAAAGUCAAUGAGAGUGAAACUACAGCCAGCGUCCAGCUCCAAGCUUCCUGCUUUCAGUCCUUUGAUGCCUCCAGCUGUGAUCUCUCAGAUGCUGCUGCUUGACAAUCCACACAAAGAGCCCAUCCGGUUACGGUAUAAACUGACAUUCAACCAGGGUGGACAGCCUUUCAGCGAAGUAGGAGAAGUGAAAGACUUUCCAGACCUGGCAGUCUUGGGUGCAGCCUAACUCCUCACUGGACAGACCUGGCCAUUCAGGCUUAGGCCAGUGUUACUUUUGCUGUCUAGAUAGGACUAAUCACAGUGAUUUAUUGCAGAGUGCCAAGAGUUCUAUCCUGACAUCAGGCUCUGGAUGCCAACCUCUGACUUAUUCUGCAGAUAUUGUGUGUGUGUCUGUGUGUGUGUGUGUGUGUGUGUGUGUGUGUGUGUGGCCCGGGGGCUGAGGGGCAGGGAUGUGGGCAGUGUGGGAAAUGCUAAAGCAUUUCUGAUAACCAUCUGCUAUGAUCAUAUCUGGUUUUGCAUGUUGGUGGACACUGAUGUCCCUGCCUCAGGUUGGAGGUUUUAUAAGCCGAAGUUGUUGUUGUUUUCCAUGUAUUAUUAUCUUUUCAUUCAUCCACUCUGUGCCUUGUCAGCCUUUGAAAGACUUGGUUGCUCCCAGGCUGCUGUUCUCAGGGACCUUAAAAGGGACCUGGUUGGUCUUGGGGCAGAGUGUCUUCUGGGACACCCUCUUCCAAGAAAGACCUUGUCUCCAUUUCCAUUAGCGAAUGCUGCUUGCAUGUGUUCAGGAAGAUCUUCUAAAUGGAAUGCUUGUUGCACUGUGUUCUAGGCGAGGGGCUGCCACUAGACCAGAGGACCGCGCUUGGUGGGCCGAUCAUGUCCUUCACCACUGUGCCUUAGAAUUGCCCAUAGAUGGACCCUUCAGGGCAGAGGGGAAAGCGGAUCCCAGGCCUUAUUCAGGCCUCAGGUUCCGUGGGUCGGGCAGCCUGUCUGGACCCUUCCUCAGGACCCUCAUCUCCAUCCUCAUCCUCUUUCACCACAAGCAUUUACCCAGAGCUCUUUGAUUGUGACACCAUGCCAGUCAUUGUAAAUCAUAACAAACAGGUUCGCCCUGGCCUGUUGACUUCACAAUCCAGAAUGAAGAACUGUGAUGCAAAUGAGAUAUGACGUGAGUUUAGCAAUGAAAAGUGAUGACUAAAUACAGAAAGUCAUUGAAUAAAUACCCGUGUAGCAAAUAUACUCUGUGGAGUUUUGAGUAAGUAGGAGAUGCAAAGCCUGUUGCAUUUAGAGAUAAUAGGCUUGAAGAGAUCAUUCAUCUGUUGAAGUAAGGAAGACUUCCUGAAGGAUGUGGCACCUGAAGAACUGCUUCAGUGAAGAGAAGCCCUGAGGAUCUGAAUGAAGCUGGAAGAGAGGUGGAUUCUUGUUACCGUCAUGGUGUGAAGGAAAAAUUCAGGCCUGCAGUCGGUUAAUACUUAGCACCUACAAUGUGCUAGGCAUUUGUGCAUGUUUUACAAGUCUCGCUUGGCCUGAUGGAUGGGUGAAGAGAGCUGAGCCUGGCUGAGAUGGCCUGAUGAAGGAUGCAAGAUCCAAGCAGCUCACCUGUCUGGGUAGGAUUCUGCCUCAGAAACUGCAAGGCUCUGUUUUUAUCACAAAAUCUGGUACUCCACAGUCUGAUCUUUUACCUUCUACAUAUAGUUGGAAAUCUGCCAGCACUAUGGUGGGGAUGGGAGCUGUAAAAAAUCAAGGUAUGUUACUUUUAAAGCAAAUGUGAAAACUCAUAAAACAGAUAAAUGAUGGGGUGACUUCUUCAUUUGGCAUAACUCAUAAGGUUCAUUUUAAUCUAAAAUUUUGUGUUCAAAUAUUCUAUAUAUCAGGGCUUCCCUGGUGGCGCAGUGGUUGAGAGUCCGCCUGCCGACGCAGGGGGCAUGGGUUCGUGCCCCGGUCCGGGAAGAUCCCACAUGCCGCGGAGCGGCUGGGCCCGUGAGCCAUGGCCGCUGAGCCUGUGCGUCCGGAGCUUGUGCUCCGCAACAGGAGAGGCCACAACAGUGGGAGGCCCGCAUACCGGGAAAAAAAAAAAUUCUAUAUAGCUUUUAUAGGCUCUAGCUAUUUCAUAAAGUCUCCUAGAGGUGACCAUCAUAAAGACGAUGCCUACCUAGAACUUCCGUCAAAAAUGGGUGAAUGAGACCUACACAUGAAAAAACCUUUAUCACAUAGUUAAAAGGUAGCCUCACUGAGUGUGAACAUUCUUCUGUCUUCUGGGCGACAGACUCCCGGUGGUGCUCUGCUUAGAUAGAGUUGGACAGGGUAAGGGGGAAGGGAGGUGGGUGUCCUGAAAGUGGCCCUGGUUUAUGUUAUCAGUGCCUUGUAAUUAUGAAGUUCAGCGACCACUUAAGAACCAACCCGUAUCUUUCAUUCACUCAGCAAGUUGUUGUUGACUAGCUACUGUGAGCCGAGCACUGUCGUAGGCACUGCAGAUACAGCAGUGAUAGAAGGUCCCUGCCCUCGUGGGUCUUCUGAUGGGGAGAGACAAAUCCACAAUGUGUCUGGUGGAGCGUUGGCACUGACGAUCCAGUAUUUUCCCCUAUCCUGAACUCUUCCUUCCGGGAUCCUGUCAUCCCUAUUUCUUGACCUACCUCUGACUGUUCUUUUUCCUCUGUCCCUUAAAUGUGUUUCCAUAGGGUUUAGUCCUUAGGACUUUUCUAAGCAUUCUGGGCAGUUAACUACUAGAUGAGUGGUAGACCUCUAUCUCAGGCUUCCACCUCCUUGCUGACAUCAGGUCCAUAUUUUAAGCCAUCUAAUGGAUAUCUAUCUGGAGGUUCCACUGUUGCCUCCACGUGCUUAGAAUGGAACACAGCCGCUUCUCUCAUUCUCUCUCUGUUCUUUUAUUUGAAAGCACCUAUCCAAGCCUUCAUAGGUCCUUGAUUCUUGCUUCGUCUCCAUCCCCCUCAGUACUUUUGUCUCGUCUAGUCUGUUUCUAAAUAGUAUCACAUCUUGCCCUCUCCACUGCAUUCACAUCGUCACUGCCCUGGUUUGGCUUUUUUUUUUUUUUUUUUUGGAUGGUGCUGUAGCCUGCCUCUCAGUUCUCCUCUGAGCCAUUAUACUUGCCAGCAUCAGAAUUCUGUAACAUACCUGGGCACUUGACCCCUGCUGAAAAACUGUGAAUGGCUUCUUAAUGCCCUAAAAGCCUAUGCAGCCAAAUUCAAGUUGUUUACUCUGGCGUUCGGUGCCCUUCUGUAACUUUGUAUGCUCCUUACCUUUCUGGCAUCAUCUGUCAAGAAUAGAGCACACUUUGCCAGAGCCACAAGAAAGUCCCUUCAUGUUUUGAUAAUGCCAUGUUUUCUCGUAUCUCUUUGACUACACCUGUCGUUAACUCCUUUUGUCUCUUCGGUGAUUUAAGAUUGGGCUAAAAUGCUCCUCUAUCUGUGAGCCACUCGUUGAGAGUCGAUGAGCUGUGGAUAUAGUAAACGUUGAAAAAAGGAUAAAUAAUGACCAAAAACAUGAAUAUUACCCAUUAAAAAUAAAAUAGUGUAAAUUGAGAGAUCAAACAUGAAAGGUUGAAAACAAAGGUGAUAUUCUCAUACAAAUAGUGUUUAGUACAGUGUUCAUAAAUCACAAAUUCUUUGAAUAUAUCUAAUAUAGAAUAUGCUUACCCAGGCCCAAAAUACAAAAUUCUACAAACUAGUGUGUUUGUUUUAAACUAAGAAGAAAACAAUAGAGUGCUAGCCAUAGCUUGUUUCAUAUUUUUUUAAGCAGUAACAGCCUGACCUCUUUCAUCUGGAAAGAGACGGAGUCAAGUAGAUAAGCAGGAAGUAUCCUCAGAGAAGAUAGGGCCAAGGUCCAGAGAUCUCAUCACACAUUUAAAGUAAGCUGAAAUGGAAAAACUCCAGGCCUUUAGUUCCCUUGCCCAAUGCAUUCCCAACUAUACCAUGUUCAUUCUGAGAAAGCUUGCAUCUAAAAAUGUGUAAACAUUCUGCUCCUUUGACUUUUAUUCUUGAACACUUACUUUAUCCCACAGCUAGAGGUAAUACUAUGAUUUUAAAAGCUGAAAAACAUAUUGCAGUGUUACAGGCUCCAGAUACAUAGGCUUUUAAAGUUUGAGAUCUUCUGAAGCCCCAACAGUCUGAAGUAAUUAAAUCAACCCUUACUUGUAAUUCCAUUCUUUAGCUUCACGUACUACCUCUAGCCAUGUGACCUGAGACAAGUAAUUUGUCCUCUUCCGCUACCUUCCCUGUAAAGUGCAUAAUAAGAUUGUUUUGAGAAGUGAGUUAAUAAAUGUGAAGUGACUCCAGUACUUCAUAGGACUAAGCUAAGACUCAUAUUUCAUUUACUGUUUGCUUGUCCACCUGGCUUCCAGUACAUGAACAGACUUGACUUACCCAUAACUUUUUUGGCCGUGCCGUGAG